GUAACUAGCUUGAGGUCAAAGAAUAUAAAAAAUCGCCAGCCAGAUUGAUAAUUUUAUUUGUAUCUACCUACCUACAACGUUCAAUUACGUAAUUAUGUAGUAAAGAGUAAAGUGCAUACCUACUAUUUGCAAAGUAAUGUUCUGUGAUAGCUGUGUCUAAAAUAAUCUUUUGCUCUUGAAUAAAGUUGUGAUUGUGACUGCUGGUGAUAAGGAUAUUAAAACUAUUUGAGAAUUUCAUCAUUCACUGUGUAAUUUUAAUAAAAACUACAAUGGGGGGCUUUUUAAGUAUUAACAUGGAAGAAAACUUUAAAAAGAACCAGGAGUUUAUUCAAACAAUUAAUAAAAUAAAAAUGGAAAGGCAAAUUCAGCUGCAAUUUCAAAUACAAGAGCGUCAGAUGGCGAUGCAGAUUGCUAGAAAUAGAGAUUUAUGUUUUUGGAUAACUGCAUUUUAUGUUACCGCCGGAACAGGCCUUAUAACCGGAUUUAGAAGAACGAAAAAGCCAUUUUUAUUGGUACCCUUAGUACCUCUGACUUUUGUCACAUUGUACCAUUGGGACCUUGCUUAUGGAAAUAAAAUUCACAGAAUUAGAAUGGAAGCCGAACAUAUUAUGACGCAUGAAGCUGAUACACUAGAAUGGCCAUGUGGAUUGCCAAGUCCAUCAUCGGUAGAUUUGGGUCGUUUGUAUGAAGAAGAAAAGAAAAAAAUCCAUCCACCACUGAUAUAAAAUAUAGUAUAUAUACUACAUAAUUAUGUAAAGUGUGCCUUUGUUGUUUAUUAAGAGAAUCAAAAACGAAAGUAGAGAGUACUACUUACAAACAGUAUUAAUUAAUUUUCAACCAUCUAAAUUAGCAAUGAAAGCGCACACUUAUAAUGUACUUAGUACUUUCAAUUUACAGGUUUUUAAAUAUUGUUAAUGUUGAAGUGUUCAAAUAACUUGCUCUUUUUUCUAGAUAAAUAAGAUAAAUUUAUUAUUAUAGUCUAAAUGUUCUUAUUAUCUUUGUUCUUAAAUGUACCUAAUUACUUACCUACUUAGAUUCAAAGUUCUCAAGGAGAAGAAAAUGUUGUUCGAAUAAAAGAUUAAGUAUUUUUACUAACUUUAUCCUUAUGGUGUCAUGGUUUUUAAUAGUCAACCAAGACAUAUAAUUUGUAAGAAAUACGGCGCUAAUUUUAGUAAGAAUAAGGAAGUAUAAAUUAAUCGCACAGUACUAAUGGGAAUCCUUGUGAUAUCGAAUUUAAGUUCUUCAAUGUAUAUGUUUUAAAAUGAUCAUUUUAAAACAAAUACAUUAUUUUAUUUUAUAAUUUUAAGUACGUAAACUUAAAAUUGUAGGCAAAUGCAUACAUCCAUUAUUUAUAUUAGGUACGUCAAUGGUUCAAGAUUAAAUGUUUAUAAUUAUGUUUUUAUGACAC